CCCCUUUUAUGGCGGGCACCGAGUGUGAAGAUACCCCCGAAAUGGUUCGCGUUUCUCGAGAGGUUGGACCAUGGAGUUUGGAGGAAAGAGAAAUGGGGCGAGCGAGUUAGGUGUUUGGAUUUGGGGGUAAAUGGGAUGUUUCAUGUCAUUAAUGACGAAUUGGUUGAGCGGUUGCUUCGGAAGUGUACGAGACUUGACACUUUUGUUGCGAGGGUUGCGGAUGGGUAUAAAGUUAUCCCACCACACUUCCUCCUCCUCCUCCCCCCAACCCUCCGCUCCCUAACGCUCAAUUUCUCCCGCAGCGGCAAGUUUUCCGACGCACACUUGAUUCGAAUGUUGACGCAACUCCCGAACCUCCGUGUGCUGGGGCUGUUACAUUCGACAUUCACUGAUCUGGUGCUGAAAUACAUUCCAGCAGAAGGGUUGGUGGAACUGGAUUUGUCGGGCGCGGGAGGGUUGAGCAGGCGGGGCAUGGAGUCUUUGAUGGCACGAUGUACGAAGGCUGAAGUGGUCAAGUUGAAUGAUAUGGGGGUCGUCAUCGACUGGAGCGUGCUCGCGGCCCUGGCGUCCGGGGUCGCUGGGACUACUGGGAAGUGGUACGUACCUCCCAGGCAGACGAGCAGAUUGAGGGUGUUGGAGUGCAUGAACUACAUCCCAUUCACGCACUUAAUCGACGAAGAGCUCAUCUCUCUCGCUCGCUUCUGCUCCCGUCUCGAACGCGUUGAUUUUCGUAAUCACACCCGGGUUGGUGACGCUUCGAUCAUCGCUCUACUCAAGACUAACCCCAAUAUUAUAUACGUGGGGUGUUCGACUAAGGCUGAGGGAUUGGCAGCAGCGGGACCGGUGCCGGAGGGAGGUGGGAGGGGCAUUAGUGGGAGGUUGAAGGGGAUGUUGGAGUUUAGUGGGGUUGAGGUUCAGUGUGCGGUUGGGAUGAGUGGGGGGAUGUAUGGGUUUGCUGGACCAAGGUAGGGUAGGGAGGUUGGGAGGGGAAUGAGAGUUCUGGAUGUAGCAGGAGGGCAGGAUGAAUGGAUUGGAUGUGAAGGUGGAUUCGCAAUGGGACGUGGGAGUGGGUAAGGAGCAUUACGAUACCAAUACAAUAUCUUCAGGGCAGGUUCUCAAUUCGAAGU